AUGUUGUACGGCAAAAAAAGAAAGCAAGUAUUACAGCCAGAAAAUACCAGCAGGCAACCCUAUGUUGGCGUGAUUGAGACCACCAUGAUGUACCAUUCAAAUGAGGAACAUGGGAAGGAGAAUGUAGUUUCCGUUUUCACGUUGUUUGUGGAGGAGCCUUCAAGACAUUUGAUAUUAAUUCGUUUCUAUGACGACUUUGUUGAGUUCGAUAAGCGAAUUAAAGAGUAUUCCAAGAAAUGUAAGAUUCCUUUGCCCAAAUUACAAGGACGAAGUGAUAGUAUUACUAGUAUUGGAAGCAAUGAUAGUAAGCGUAACAGUAGUUUAAGAAAAAUACUACACAGUUUUUCUCAUAAAUCAACCCAAAAGAGUAAUUCAGAUAAUAUUGAGCGAUACUUACGUCAUUGUGUAAACGAUUUAAAUAUUCAGUCAUGCUCACUAUUUAAAGAAUUCUUGCAAGCACAAAGAGAGGAAGACAAUGUCAUACCAAAGCAUAUUAUCGAAUCCUAUGUACAACAAGAAGCAUCCAUCAUACCAGCACCAGAAGCCACUCCAUCACCUGAUACAACAACACAAGAUGACGACUCUUACACUUCAUUUCCUUCCAAUGUGAUUAAUCCAACAAGCCAAGUAUCAUCUGAAUUACCAGCAACUAUCCAAGAUUUUCAACUCAUUAAAGUGAUUGGCAGAGGAUGUAUGGGCAAAGUACUUUUGGUCCGGCAUCGUAAUUCAUCACGCUUAUUAGCAUUAAAAGCUAUCAGCAAAAGAGCAGUGAUUGAACAGAGCCAAAUCAUCCAUAUUAAGGCUGAACAACAAAUCUUGUCUGAUAUUGCCUCUAUUCAUCAUCCAUUCCUGAUCAAAUUGCACUAUUCAUUUCAAGACCUGAACCAGUUAUUCCUUGUACUCGAUUAUCACGUCGGAGGUGAUUUGGCAACACAGCUUCGCAUCAAUCAUAUCUUACCACCUGAUAGAUGUCGGUUCUAUACCGCUGAAAUUAUACUGGGAAUUCAAGAAUUACACCGAUUGGGUAUUCUCUACAGAGACCUAAAACCCGAAAACAUCUUGCUAACUGCGGAUGGACACUUGGUAUUAACGGAUUUCGGAUUAUCUAAACAGUUUUAUGAUGGACUCAGCUUAGAAGAACAGAGAGCAGACACAUUUUGUGGAACAGCGGAAUACCUAGCACCAGAAAUAUUAAAUGGACAAGCAUAUUCUUACGAAGUGGAUUACUGGAGUAUGGGAACCAUCUUGUUUGAAAUGUUGACUGGUAUUACACCUUUCUGGGCAGAGAAUAGAGAUGAUAUGUACCGACGCAUCCGGACGGAUCCAUUACAGUUCCCUGAAUUCAUUGACAUUGAAACAGCGGAUUUUAUCGCCCGUUUAUUAAAAAGAGAUCCAAAUAGGCGUUUAGGUUCCGGUUCCGAUGGAGCUAUCCGUGUUCGUUCCGACCCUUAUUUUGAAUUCAUUGAUUGGAAUCAUAUAUAUACAAAACGCAUCAGACCACCUUAUAUUCCAAACCUACAUUCAGAAACAGACUUUAGUCAUUUCGAUAGUGAAUUCUUACGUCUCACACCAAGAUUAUCACCUGUCGGAAGUGAUUAUAUCCUCAGCCAAAGUUUGGAUCGCGCCUUUGAAGGGUACUCUUACACAAAUAGAGAAGAAACCUUAUUAGAUUCUCCUCCUUCGGAAAUAUACAGCUUCACUGACCCACCUCCACCCAUUACCUUUCAUGAUAAUCAUACUACUGCUUCUCCUCAUCAAGGUACGCGUUAUUUUGUUUACAAUGGCUCCGAUGAAGUCGUCCCCUAUGAUGAUUAUGCCGACGAUAGCAAUAUUAGUAAUGAUGAUAUACGCUCCUCCGACUUUGUACGUUCCAGCACCUAUCAAAAUCAGUUUACAGACGAAGAUGAAGAAUUUGAUUACUACCGCCAGUUACCGCCAAGACCUACUAUACGGCAUUUAUCCACUGCCGCUCCCUCCCAUGCCACUAGUUCAUCUAUAUAUUAA